AUGUACGGUGACACGGCGAAUAAGCUAGCACUAGACGCUAAAAGGUUCCAGAACUUGCCAAGUAUACCCAUUUACCAAGCAGAUCUCGUACGAGACAUUGUAAAGGAAAUCAAUGAUCUCAACAAGGAUUCAGAAUACUUGCAAACAACAAGAGACAAGCUACAAGAACAGAAUGAGCAAGGAGAAGAAGAGGGAGAAAAUGGAGUGUUGGCUGAGAACCAGAAGAUCAACGAAUGCCAAAUAUUUGUCACUCAUUUGUCCAUGAGACGAAACAAGCGGUGCUUACUAGCCUACGAGAAAGUGCGCAGUGAUAAACUUGUCGAGUAUGCAUGGCUAAACAUCGAUCCUAUGGACAACAGCUUGCAGCUGUCGACCACGGCAGCUGACGGAGAGGGCUCAGAUACCGCCUCAAACACCACGGCCUCCACCUCAGCAGCGAAAUCCAGCACCAACUCCGGCACGUCCUCGUCGAAGCUAAUACCAAACUACACAACUCAACUAGACAUGAACAACUUGAACCACUUUGAACAGGAUUUUUAUAAAAAUUACCAGGACUUGACCAUGAGCUAUAAGCUGAAGUUUGGCGAGUACUUGGACUUGAUGGGCGACCUAGAGCCCCCAACGGACAUUUUCAUCGACGUGCGAUGUUUGAAAGAUGGCGGCGACGUCACCACGGAAUAUGGUUCUUUCAACUUGAUCAAGGAUUCACAGUUUUAUGUUCGCAAGAGUGAUGUUGAAAGGUUGAUCCAACAAGGUUAUCUUGAGCAGAUAUAG